AUGAGCUCUGCAGAGUCACCCAAAUCACGAAGCUCUGGGGUCUGCUUUGCCACUGGACUCCAGGAAGAAGAAAAGGCGGCUGUGCACAAACGCAGUCCCAAGGUUUUGGAGGCUCUACAAAGGCUCAACAUCCAAGCUGACCAGGCUCCAGUCAUUGCUGUCUUGGGCUCUGGCGGGGGGCUGCGGGCCCAUAUCGCUUAUCUUGGUGUGCUGAGUGAGAUGAAAGAACUUGGCCUGUUGGAUGCUGUCACAUACCUCGCAGGGGUCUCUGGGUCCACUUGGGCACUGUCUUCACUCUACACCAAGAAUGGAAAUAUGGAAUGGAUAGAAGAACUGAAACAUCGGUAUGAGAAGAGUGAGUGGGACUUUGGUGAGAGCCUAACGAAAGCCAUCCGGGCAUCGAAGGAGGAGAAUUACUCCCUGACUGACUUUUGGGCCUAUUUAAUUGUUUCCAGACAAAUCAGAGAACUUCAGGAAUUGAAAUUGUCCAGUCUAAAGGAGCAAGUGGAAGAAGGAGUGCUGCCCUAUCCCAUCUUUGCAGCCAUUGAUGAGGACCUUCUGGCUGAUUGGAAGAAAUGUAAAAAUAAGAAUUCCUGGUUUGAAUUCACUCCUCAUCAUGCUGGCUACCCUGCACUUGGGGCUUAUGUCCACAUCACAGAGUUUGGAAGCAGAUUUGAGAAUGGAAAACUGGAUACAUCUAAGCCUGAGAGAGACUUGACUUUCCUGAGAGGUUUAUGGGGAAGUGCUUUUGCUUUUGUUGGUAUUAAAGAAAUUAAGACAUAUGUUUUGAACUAUUUCAGGAACCUCUGUGAAAAAUUUAAUUUUAUAAAAGGACUAGUGACCUACUCAGAAGCACCAAAGAUGGAGGUGGAUAAAAUGCUCUUGGAUUUAGUGAUGACUUAUUUCACAGAUAAGGAUGACCCCAGCAUCAAGGAUAAGCUCUGCGCCCUUCAGCAGGCUCUGGGUACUGAGAGAGAUGAGUUUGGCAUAGAGAUGGCUGAGAUCAUCCAGAAUUGGAAUGAGACCUCCCCAGAGAAAAAGGAACAGUUUCUGGACCAUCUGUUGGAUUGCUUCAAGAAGACACAAGAAGACCCCACCGCAUACAGUUUGAACUCGUUCAUGGUUUGGGACCUUUGUGUUUUUGUGAAUGAAACUCGCAAGUGUAUUUCCAAAUGGCAGUGGGGAACAGUUUACAACUUCCUCUAUAAACACGGUAAAAUUGCAGAUGAGGCCAUGUGCAGCCGAGAGUUUCUCCAUCUGGUGGAUGCUGGUUUUGCCAUCAACUCUCCCUACCCACUUGUUCUGCCUCCUGCGCGUGAAACUCACCUCAUCCUCUCAUUUGACUUCAGUGAUGGGGACCCAUUAGAGACCAUCAGGACCACAGCAGACUACUGCCAACGCCAUAAAAUCCCCUUUCCUGAGGUGAGCGAGGAUCAGCUGAAGGAAUGGGCCGAAGCACCAGCAAGCUGCUAUGUCCUCAGAGGGAAAACAGGACCUGUUGUCAUGCACUUUACUCUGUUCAACAAAGACAACUGUGGAGAUGAUAUUGAGACAUGGAGAAAAAAAUAUGGGACACUAAAACUAUCUGACUCAUAUACACCAGACCUGGUAACAGAUUUGCUGAGGCUAUCCAAGGAGAAUGUGCAAAAAAACAAAAUUAAUAUCAUCAAUGAGAUGAGGAAAGUGGCUGGGAAUCCUGGGAACAUGGCCUGCUUGGGAGACAGAGUGCAUGAUGCCCAAGGCUCUCAGACGGUGGAGUUCAAGAAAUCCCACAACAUACAUAAGGACUAA